AUGCGUAGGAUAUGAUAAUAGGGGGUAAUUGGGAAAGGAAGAAGCUUUAUCAAGGUCGGCUACGCUAUUUUGCUCAUCAUUGCAAGGAUCAACGCUGUCCACUUCCCUACCAAAAGCUAGAAGGAAACAGAGUGCGCUCCUAUAUUACAUCAUCCUUCUAUUCUAUUGUAACCAUAUUCCCUGCAGUACUAUUUUCCACCAUUGACAUUCUCUUCCUCUACGCAGCAAAGUGAGAAAGAGGAGGGUCUGGAAGUUUAGCAACGGCUUCCCUCUCUGAUAAAGCCAACUGGGAAAAAGCUGAGCUUUUCUUUUUCGACAAAUGUAGCUCAAUUUUAUUCGUUCAAUUUUCAUUGCCUUGAGUUAAGCUUCUUUCAUUAUCAACUUCCUUGAGAGGUUCAUUCGGCACUGGCAGCUCUCCAACUCUGCGGUCAACCCAUGUCUUCGGAUAUAAGCUAGAAUCUGUUUCGACAACCUUAACUUUCUGCUCUUGUUACUUGAAGAAUUAAGGAGCGUCCGUACGCAUCCAAUGGAUAAUUGCAUUUUUUGUGUGCUUAAGGAUACUGUUGCUGUGUUUCUUAGUAUAGCGGGUUUACUUCUCUUUCCGCGUCUGUGAAUUCUUCGAAGCUCCUGAUACAGAGUUCGAAGCUUUGGGUAGUGGGACUUGUACUGGAAUUCGCACGUGGUGUGCGAGUGAUGGGUACGGAUCUUUUGCUAUUGCCAACAGUUGGACCGCCAUUAAAACGGCGAGCAGGGUUAAGAAGAAAACAAGCUGGAAGAGGAUCCUACAGGGGAAGCUAGGUCACGGUGAUUGUGGGUAAUUAGUGUUUUGGUGUUUUUUUCUGGGGUGUUACUGAACGGCCAAUUUCUAGUGUCUGGGUGGUGAAAUUUUAGUAAGAUGGGUACCAACUUGCAGCAAGUACUCAGAAGCCUCUGUUUCAACUCUGAUUGGAAGUACGCCAUCUUUUGGAAACUCAAACAUCAUGCUCGCAUGAUCUUAACGUGGGAGGAUGGUUACUAUGACAGUCCUGAUGAACAUGACUCUUCAGAGAAUAAGCCCAGCCAGAAGGCCUUGGAACAGGUUGAUGGUGGUCAAUUCUCACACGACCCUCUAGGGUUAGCUGUGGUGAAGAUGUCAUAUCGUGUAUAUACUUUAGGGGAAGGUAUUGUUGGACAGGUAGCUGUUACUGGAAAGCAUCGGUGGAUCUGUGCAGGUAAUCAAGUUGCAGGUCCUGGCUCAUUAUAUGAGUUUGUUGAGGACUGGCAAUCCCAGUUUUCUAUCGGAAUCAAGACCAUUGUUGUUGUAGCUGUAGUUCCACUUGGAGUUGUUCAACUUGGCUCAUUAAAUAAUCAGGUGAUAGAAGAUACAGAGUUUGUAACUCAUAUCAGAAAUCUUUUUCUGGCUGCUCAGCAUUAUACAAUUGGUCAUUCUCUAGAUCAAAUACAAAGUAGUACGAAGAAUGUCUCGCCUCUGGCUGUGGAGAAAAUCAGGAGUGAGACGCCGAAUAAUUUGAUGUCCUUCCCAUGUUCUGAAAAGAACUUUUCACCUUCCUGUGUUACUCAGGAAAUUGCUGUUGAUAUGGCCGAGCAUGGAGGGUCUGAGUUUAACCUCGACGAAAGUUACCUCUUGAAUCAUCCAGUGUCAAAUUUGGUGGAUCUGGAGGAUCAGAAGUCCUUGGAGAUGAGAUCUCUAAACAAGAGAGAGUGUGAAGUGGGCAGUAGUGGCUGCAAAGACAUGAGGGUGGAAUCAGAAAAAGAUAUGUCAUCCUUGGCCCUCAAUUCUGUUUCAAAUGAUAACAGGUUCCAAGAUUUAAUAUGUCCAUCAGGAAAGAUUGGAGCUCAUUCUGCCGGCAUCCCUGCAGAUUUUGUUGAUGCUGUUGUUUAUGGAAGUGACAAGGUACCUUACAUGGAGCCUAACCCACAAGGCGUUUUCAGUGUUGUUAGACCUUCUGAUGCAAAUUUCCAAAAGGGCACAUUAAAGUCAGAGUUGGAGACUGAUCCUUCUUACAAGGAUGUCCCAUUCACAAUGUUAAAGUUCCCUGCUGGCUGUGAGCUGCAUGAAGCACUUGGACCAGCUUUUCUGAAACGGAGUAAAUAUUGUGAUUUGGGCGCAUGGGUGAAUCAAGAUGUUAAAACUGCAAAGAUGCCAGAUGAGAUUAGCUGUAGCCAGUUGACUUCUGAAUCUCGUCAAGGACAUCUUUUGGAGGCAGUAGUGGCCAAUGUUCACCACAGUAAUAAUGAUGCAAAUAGUGACUUGUCAUUUUGCACAUCAGUGCAGUCUGGCGUAGCGUCUGGAAGAAAUCCUGAAGCUUCUAUUCAAACCACCCGCACAAUUAAUUCAGAAUGUUAUUCUAUAGAUCAAUCCUCUCUUAUCAGGGAGGAGAAACAGCCCUGUUUGAGUUCAUCUGGAAUCUGUGGUGUAGUUUCGCCCAAAGGUUUUUCUUCUGCAUGUCCUAGUUCAUGUAGUGAACGGUUUGAAAGGUCUUCUGAACCUGCCAAGAACAAGAAGAGGGCUAGGCCAGGGGAGUCUUGUAGGCCAAGGCCAAGGGAUAGACAACUGAUUCAAGAUCGUAUUAAGGAAUUGAGAGAUCUAGUGCCAAGUGGAGCAAAGUGCAGUAUUGAUUCGCUGCUGGAGCGCACAAUAAAGCACAUGCUCUUUUUGCAGAGCAUAACCAAGCAUGCUGAUAAGUUAAACAAAUUUACAGACUCCAAGACAAAGGUGCAUCACAUGGAAGCAGAUGUUCUUGGCUCGUCUGGCUAUGAACAGGGUUCAAGUUGGGCAAUGGAAGUAGGGGGCCAUCUGAAAGUUCAUUCAAUAUUAGUGGAGAAUCUUAACAAGAAUGGGCAGAUGCUCAUUGAGAUGCUGUGUGAGGAGUGCACACAUUUUCUUGAGAUAGCAGAAGCCAUAAGAAGCUUGGGUCUGACAAUUUUGACGGGUGCAACAGAAGCUCAUGGUGAGAAGACAUGGAUAUGCUUUGUGGUUGAGGGCCAAAACAACAGAAAUGUGCACAGAUUGGAUAUAUUGUGGCCACUCGUGCAAAUGCUGCAAUCCCAGAGUACUAUGUAUUCACAAUGAUCGGUCAAUUCUCGGGAGGCAUCUUUACUCCUUCACCGACUCCUGUACUGUCUUGAUCUGUGAAAUGAUGCUUGACAUCUCGUUGUGUUCAUCAACCCCAGUUGCUCCAGCAAGGGAGGUCAAGGAAGGGGAAAAUUACCUUACAUUUGAUGGGUUGCUAUAAUUGGUAGAGGAUUGAAAGUGUGUCGAGAUGCUAAAUGGUGUUUGUUUUGAUGUAUGAUUGGAAUGUUUUUACAACUUGUUUAUAAGGUUUGAUAUUAAAAAUAAGAUUAUGAGUUGCACCAGCCUGUGUCUUAUGCUUGGAACUGUGUCUGGAAAUUCCUUUGGUAGGUUUCUCCUGUGCUGGUUCAGAACUUCUGUAAUAGCCGGAUCUGUUCAGAAUGCGACUCGUUACUAAACAAAACUACUGUGCUAGUUCAAUUGAUUGCGUGCUUAAAUUCAAAGUUUGGUAUCAGACUCAA